UUAUAGUUGAAACACCCUGUGAUUUUUCGACUUUCCGCCAACGCGCCUAGUCGCAAACCGAAAAUCCCCAAACAUCUUAACCUCACUUAAGCUUGUCAAUUGUGUUGUUGACACAUUUUGUGGAAAUUGUUUGAAAUGCCGUCGAAAAAGAAAAAAUACAAUGCCAGGUUUCCAGCAGGCCGAAUUAAGAAAAUCAUGCAAACAGAUGAAGAAGUGGGCAAAGUAGCGCAAGCUGUACCUGUAAUAAUUUCUAGAACGCUGGAAUUAUUCGUGGAAUCGCUGCUGAAGAAGUCAACGCAAAUAACACAAGCCCGAAGUGCAAAAACUUUGACGCCGUCCCACAUGAAGCAGUGCAUACUGUCGGAAAGCCGCUUCGACUUUCUGAAGGACUUGGUGAAGAACAUCCCGGACGCCAGCGUGCAGGAAGACAACGAAAACAACAUGCUGUUGAUGUUCGAAGAAACAGAUCGCAUGAAGACGGACCCCAAAACGGAGUACGAGUCGCAGGACGACGAGGAAGCGGCGGCGGGGGCGUCCGGGAUCGCCGCCCCCGCCACCAGAACGCCCGUGAUCCAUUACGCCGCCCCCGAGACGAGUAGCGCGAGUGCCAGUUGUAGUAAGAACGACAUUGGAGUGUUGCCUCCGUUAGUGCCUAUAACCCCCAAUUUUUACGGCAGCAAUGUCGGCGGGGGGGACAAUCUGUGCAUCGACGAGGACUACGAUAACUGAGGUUCCAAGUUUUAUAUA